UGGAUUAGGGUUUAGAUUGGUUGUUUUUGAUAGUCAACUCAUCUGGGAGCUUGUACUCUGGAAUUCGGCUUGUUUGGGGGAGAUUAAUUUCUUAAGUAAUGGAAGGAAAUGGAGCGGUUUUUCAAUCUGAAACCAGAGCAUUCAGAUCGAUAUUUUCGAAAAAUGACGUUUUUGGUGAAGAUAAUACUUGUCCGAAGCAAGAUACAUAUGUGGGUGUAUCUGGAUCGAGGAACACGAGCCCUUCCGGCCGGGCUGGAUCCAGGAAUACUAGCCCUUCGCGGCAGAAGGUGAUCAAGACCAAGCCACGAGGCUUCGACGAAGAAACAACUGCAACAUUUGGCAAAGCAGUCCAACCCGAUGUUCAUAUGGAAGACAGUAUUUGGGCGAUGUUACCGGAAGACCUGUUGAAUGAAAUCUUAGCUCGGGUUCCUCCUUUUAUGAUCUUCCGUCUCCGAUCUGUCUGUAAACGGUGGAAUUCGAUCCUCCAAGAUGGUAGCUUUCUUAAAUUCCACUCUCAAGUGCCAUCCCAUGGGCCAUGUCUUAUUACAUUCUGGAUGAACUCGCAGGCCCCGCAGUGCUCUGUGUUCAGCUUGCCACUAAAAACUUGGUAUAAGAUCCCCUUCACCUUCUUACCCCAGUGGGCAUUCUCGCUAGUUGGUUCUUCUGGUGGUCUUGUUUGCUUCUCUGGACUUGAUGGGCUGACUUUCAAAACCUUGGUCUGUAACCCCCUUACUCAAACUUGGAGGACCCUCCCUAACAUGCAUUAUAAUCAGCAAAGACAAUUGAUCUUGGUUGUGGAUCGGACCAACAAAUCAUUCAAAGUGAUUGCCACUAGUGAUAUAUAUGGAGACAAGACGUUGCCAACUGAGGUUUAUGAUUCAAAGCUUAACACUUGGUUGCUUCAUCAGAUAAUGCCGGCUGUGAAUCUAUGCUCUUCAAAGAUGGCAUUUUGUGACUCUCGGCUAUAUCUAGAGACCCUGUCACCGCUUGGUUUGAUGAUGUAUCGCCUAGACACAGGGUACUGGGAACACAUUCCAGCCAAAUUUCCUCGAUCGUUAUUGGAUGGGUAUCUUGUUGCUGGCACGCAGAAGCGCUUGUUUCUAGUUGGAAGGAUAGGCCUUUAUAGUACUCUUCAGAGUAUGAGAAUUUGGGAGCUGGAUCAUGCAAAGAUCAUGUGGGUGGAAAUCAGUAGGAUGCCACCAAAGUAUUUUAGAGCGCUGUUGAGAUUGUCUGCAGAGAGGUUUGAAUGUUUUGGACAGGAUAACUUGAUCUGCUUUACUUCAUGGAACCAAGGGAAAGGUCUUCUUUAUGAUGUUGAUAAGAAGGCGUGGUCUUGGAUUGCUGGCUUUGCUCUUCAGUCAUACAACAGCCAGGUCUGUUUCUAUGAGCCAAGGUUUGAUGCUUCCAUUUACUGACUAAUGGUUUUUGAAAUCCUUUUUGUUCUUUAUUUAGGGCCUCAUUAUUGGUCAUCAUCCUACUUGUAUUUCAAUUUCUCUAUCAUGUCACUCAUGUAGCAUUCUAUGAGUUAUUCUUAUGAAUUCAAGUUGGUAUUCAUUUGCUCUCCACUCAGAUUAUUGUUUUCAGGAUCACUGUAAAUUGCUGCAUGCCUAUAAUUGUCAGAAUCCCUGAAAAAUGUUGCAUGCCUAUAAUUGCAUCCCUGUAAAAGAAUUAAAAAGUUUAUGGUUUAAUGGAAAGAUACGGCCCUUAGUAGAGAGUGGAAUGGUAGAGCAAUAUUGUUGUUGCCAAUCCCAAGUGGAUGGGAUGAGGGUGUAAAUUUAUCAUCUUCUAAAAUGUAAAUUAAAGGACGAUGGAUGAUAUGUCA